UAUGAUUACAAUUGUUACAGAUGUUGAAUUAGGUUACUUAUAAAAUGAUAUUAUAUGUGUAUAAAGUUUACCGUUAGAUGUUAAAAUAAUUUUUGUCAGUAUGGAAAUUUACAUAUUCAUGUGACGUAUACAAUAUAAACAAUUAAGAAUGAAGGCGGUUUAAGAAUAUUAUUUUAUAUCUUUGUUUGGCUGACAUAACACAAAAAGAAUGUUAUCUUUUAUAAAGACCUGUUAUACUCUGGUUACAGUUGUUAAUAGAUACCAUUGAGAUGAUUUAAUCAUUUUUCCUAGUAUGUUUGUAUAGAAUCUAUAGUUUGUGAAACCAUUCCAUUAUGAUGGAAGCGCAAACAGAUGUUUCUGUUUUGCGAUCCCCAGUCAAUUUGAGACAUAUGAAUACGGGCAAUGUUUUUUAUACACCUUUAACUUCGUUUGCUGAAAUGUGGUAUCAGAUAUUUUUAUGGGCUCUAUUUUCUUCCAUUUUUGUUCAUACCAUAGCUGGUGCAAUUUGUUUUGCUACAUUAAGGCAACACAAAUAUGGAAAAUUCUUCCCAUUGCUGAUUAUAAUAAUGGGUAUAUUAUUACCAUUAACAUCAGGAGUUCUUAGCUCUGCUGCUGUUGCUUUUGUAUACAGAGCCUCUCGAUAUCCACUGCCACCAUUGUACGCAUUACUUUGGGGUAUCGGACAGACUGUUGUAGCGGGAUGUGUUGGAUUUACCAGAAUAUUAGCUACUUUAUAACAUGAAACUGUUUGAGAAUGAAUGGUGCACGAGGUGUAUUGUUACUCAGAAAUGUAUGUAAGGUAUUCCAAAUAUUAUUGACAUCUUAAAUCAAGCAAAUAAUAUUUUACUGAUAUUAUAGCAAUAGACGAGAAUAUAAAAUUUGUACAUUUAUGAAUGUAUUAUACUGUACAAAUGUAAUGAAAAUUAUAAUUAAAAUGAUAUUCAUGUUAAUA